ACCGCACUAAUUAAAUGCCAUCUGGGUGGUUCCUCGGGGUUUUUGAGCCCAUCACCCAGUUCAGACUGAGUCAGAGGCCAAGGAGGAGAACAUGAUGAUGGACCUUUUUGAAACUGGCUCCUAUUUCUUUUACUUGGACGGGGAAAAUGUUACCCUGCAGCCCUUAGAAGUGGCAGAGGGCUCGCCUUUGUAUCCAGGGAGCGAUGGCACCCUAUCCCCCUGCCAGGACCAAAUGCCCCCGGAAGCUGGGAGCGACAGCAGCGGAGAGGAACACGUCCUGGCGCCCCCAGGCCUACAGCCUCCCCACUGUCCGGGCCAAUGCCUCAUCUGGGCUUGUAAGACCUGCAAGAGAAAAUCUGCCCCCACCGACAGACGGAAAGCCGCCACCCUGCGCGAGAGGAGGCGGCUAAAGAAAAUCAACGAGGCCUUCGAGGCUCUGAAGCGAAGGACUGUGGCCAACCCCAACCAGAGGCUGCCCAAGGUGGAGAUUCUGCGGAGCGCCAUCAGCUACAUCGAGCGGCUGCAGGACCUGCUGCACCGCCUGGAUCAGCAGGAGAAAAUGCAGGAGCUGGGGGUGGACCCCUUUAACUACAGACCCAAACAAGAGAAUCUCGAGGGUGCGGAUUUCCUGCGCACCUGCAGCUCCCAGUGGCCAAGUGUUUCGGAUCAUUCCAGGGGGCUCGUGAUCACUGCCAAGGAAGGAGGGGCAAGCAUUGAUUCCUCGGCCUCAAGCAGCCUUCGGUGCCUUUCUUCCAUCGUGGACAGUAUUUCCUCGGAGGAGCGUAAACUCCCCUGCGUGGAGGAGGUGGUGGAGAAGUAACUGGGAGCCGGCGUUGGGGAUGGUCGCGGCAACAGGAAGAUCCCACCCUCCCUCCUUCGACUAAUCCUUCGGAUUAGUUCACAUUACAUUCACGUUGAGGAACCCAGACCGCAGAAGUUUAUGAAAGGGAAGGAGACACAAAGAAACUUCUCCGAAACUGUUGUGCACGCUCGGAUGCCUUUGGGCUCUGGGCUUUAAUCUUUUUGGAACAGCGAGUGGCGUAGGUCUAGCAGCCUUACUUUGCUACUGUUUGGUUGGUUUUAUAAUAUAUUUACUUUAAUUACGGUGAUUCUUUUGUGCCAUGAUCAAAAGAAGUUCAUUCCUGUCUAACACAAAGUGGGAACGUUGCAUUUAAAUGUUAGGGGUAUUGAAUGUAUAUUUGUAAAUAAUCUUAGUUCUUUCAUUUUAUAUGUAAACCUAAGAAAUAUAUAUUGUAAAGUAACAGACGUAUUGUAUAUAUAAUGUGAGAGGAUCCUGGUAUUGUAAUAUUAAAAAAAUGAGUUUCUGUAUGAAUAAAGUUGGUCCUAUUUCGAUUCAGCUGAACAAAUAUAUAGAGAGCCAUAUUUUAAUUUAGACAUCACACCAGCCCAUUUAUCUGGGUGAUUUCUUAAAGGCUGAUUUAAAGGAAGGAAAACGGGUUGUUUUUCUAUGUCUGAAUUAAACUGUUUGCUUUUCUAUACGUGAGGAAUAUCCAGGAGAAAAAUGUCCUUUUUUUCUUGUAUCAGCAUACUUUCUCGUUCUGUUUCUGUACCUGGAGCUCUGGGUGAGACUUGCUUACCCAAAGUUGACUGAAUUUUCAAUCCAGUAAAAUCUCAUUGUUGCAAGAAA